CAGAUUUGGAGGCAGAGAUGUAUCAGUUGAGUCACUUAUUAACGGAUCAGAAAUCUAACUUGUCGACCCAGCUUGAGAUGUCGUUGUUUGGUAGGUCAGGUGAGUGAAUGAACGACUGUCAUAAACAAAUUUAACUUUUGUUUCAAAUUGCUUGCUUUUCAUUCGUUAUAGAGUCGUCAGUGUCAAUCGAUAUUAGCGAUGGUCCACCUUCAGAAACCGAUAGUUAUAACGAAACUAUGUCACUGCUCGAAAAUAUUGAUGGACUCUCCGUAAGUUUCUAUUCUACGAUAUCAAGCAAUGCGACAUCAAUAACACUAGACAUUAUACAUUAGACGGAGAAUUAUGCAUAUAAAACUCUUAAUUUUUUCUAACUACUAUUUUGUAGUUAAGUAGCAUUUAGCCCUAAAAUGCGCGAGUUUGAUUUGUUAACUUUCGCACUAACUGUAUUUAACUUUAACUACCUUUUUAUACAACCGGCCCCAGGGUGACAUUGACAAUCUAGCUGCCUUAAACAUGGCUUAACCCAUCCGAGUAAUAUUCAGCCGAGCUAUGCAUGCAAUGCAAGUUACAAGAAAAUUACGACAAGGGUGAGAGAAACCUCGCUGGGAAGCUCAAAGCGACUGUGUGUACAGCUCGUUGGUAACUAAUCAUACAUUCAUCAAUUAGUGUGUGUGUCUCUCUCUUAAAUGCACAGUUCAAACUUUUAAAUUAUGGUUUUUAAGGCGCAUUAUACAACCCUAUAUAAUUGAAACCUGUUAAAAAAUUUCGGGAAAAAAUUUUGAAGUUGAAAAUUUUCAACUUUAACCAAUGACAUUUUUGGAAAUUUUUCUGUUCGUGGAAAUUUUUCUUGAGUGGAAAUGGGCCUUUAGGGCGCUCACCAAAAUUGCAGGGCUGCGGGUUUGAUUCCUGCAGAGGGCAUACAGUUGCAUUUUUCGCAACCGCUCCUGGUUUGGCGGUCUAAUAAAUGUAUUUGCUUUCUCUCAUUAUUUUCAGGCUGUAAUGAAUGUCCACGACCACAAUUGUUUGAUGGAAGGCAACUUGUUGGAAAUAGACCAGGAUUCGAUGGGGGCUGUGGAGCGAGUAAAAGGAUUUCUCCUGGACGACUUUCUAGUCAUUGCCAUGUUUGUUAGCAACAAGUAUGUCGUCGCGUAGUAAGACCUUUUUACAAAUAGUGGCGCGACAAUGCUUAAAAAACUUGCAAUGUAUUGUGGUCUAGAGAAGUCGAGAGAACCGAGGGCGAAACAGACUUUUUACAGAAUAAAAUCGGAAAGCUGCGGACAUCAAAUCAGAGUAAGAUAGUCAUACUCAUCAGCCACGAUUUUCGGUAGUAGGCUUAAUUUAGCAGUUAGGGGAUAUAUAGGCAGACCAAUUUUUGAAGUCAUCCACAAGUUGAGGUACAUAGACAUUCUUCCUUUUACCAGGCUUGGUCCAGGACGUUUCAAACUGAAGUUUGUUUUCGAAGUCGAUAACGUUGGUGUUGUGAAUGUGCAUGACAUGGAAGGUGAGUGAAUUUUAUUGUGGCAGAAGAAUUAUUUAGGAAGUGUACGGUAUUUGACACAAGGAGCUGGCUGAUACCUUAAUCUGAGGUCUAAAACAUUGUAUACUUUUAAAAAUAUCAUUUUCAGGUUCGAGAGAUGCGUUCCAAAUUAUGAAUUUUCCCACUGGAGAAACAUAUACAUAUCAAGCGGAAGACUCUGAGACCAAGGUAGGCUCCACGUUUGUAAAUAAGCACGUACAAACGUACUUGUCAAUUAUUAUGUAAUAAGUCGUUCCAAGAACUAGUUUCCGUCCCCCAAUUCAACAACUAUAACAUAAGGUGGCUAAGCAGGUUUAGAUUAUUUGAAUAAUGUUCCGCCAAAUAGCAGGAAUAAAUUACUUAUUGCUAUGUCGAGGACCAAUUCCGAACCAGGCACAUGCAUGUGUUAGCGCGGGAUGGAUUUCACUGAGGGUAAUAUUUCGCCGAACCCCUGAGCGGAGGGUCUAUAAAUGAUAUAUUAUACCGAAAAUUAAAAGCCUCCAAGUUGAGAAUAUACACAUACCUUCGUGAAGACGAUGUUUUAUUUUUUGAUUAACGAAAAUUUCUGUCAAAUUACAUAUCGUUUGGAAUAUUGAUGAUAACGUUUUUCAAAAUUUGCUUCAAAAUUUUCGAAAACAAGAAAUUAAAAAACUUAAUAUAAUAUUAUAAUUCAUCACUCCUUAGUAUAUUUUGUCGGCCAUCUUGUUUUUUUUUACCACACCCAUCAAAGCUUGCUACAAACUUGCUUGAAACACAUCUUGUUGACACGAUAUGACAUUUCUACGUAUUUUUUGCUUGCGAAUGACAAAGUGUCUUCAUCAUUUUCAUUUCAGGCGAAGUGGCUGUCGAUGCUGGAAGAGACACGACAACGUUUCAAAAUUCAAUUACAAAAAGAAGUGUCUGCCCAAAGUCAGAUUACACAGGAAUCAUAUGAAAAAGAGAAAAAUCCAUUUUAUGAAUCAGGUAUAUACAUACAGUAUAAAACACGCAAAUUUUAAUUGUUACUUGCCUGUACCAGACUCGCUGUACAUACAUAUAUUAACUAAAGAUUCUUUCAAAAAGCCAAAUAGUGCUGUUCUUUUCAGUACAGAACCAUCGUCAAAGAGACAUACUGUAAAGAAAAUAUUUCAAACAUUAGUACAGUUCAUUCACUGCUUGUUCAAGUUGAUGACUGCAGAAACUUGUCAUACACGGUUAUUCCUGCAAACUGGUAUCAGACUGUUUUGCCCUGCUUGAUUUCAGUAUGUUUACAAAAUGUUGAAUAUUUUUUGAGAGGUUGCGACAAGGUUUUUAUGAUUUAGCAGAAGUCUUCUCACAUUACGGCCCAUUUGUCCGAUUUUCUUCUCCUGAUGUAUGUGAACGAGUGGAUGCGUUAGGAAUGUUUAGAUGAGGUUACAUAUACUCACAGCAUUCAUAACUUAUCCACUCGUUCACAUCUAUCAGAAGAAGAAAAUCGCACUAGAAAUCGCAGCAAAAAUUGAAAGUGUAAACGGGCCUUUAGACACUGCAGUAACUAGAAAAUAACGAAAAUGAAACAAUAAAUAAUGUGUACAGUAUAAGUUUAGACACUUUCUGCACGACUGUUAAUUCCAACAAACUGUCAUAUCUAAGGGUUUUUUGUAGAUGGAAAUUCGAGUGUAAAUUUUAUGUAAUAUUUCAAAUCCGACUAUGAGGACUGAAGUAGAUUUCAAAAUGCAAGGACUUGAAAUCUAGUCCAUUCCGAAUUGAAGGAUUGGAAAUGACAUCUCAUACGAAUAAAUCACUACUUUAAAUGAGAUGAAUUAAUUUUGAUCCAGUCCAAGGACUGAAUUAAUUUUGAUCCAAAGGUAUCCAGUAUUAUCAUGCAUGUGAGCAAAAUAAAGCAAUAUUGUUGGCUAAUUUACUCAUGAAUUAUUAAUCAGUUUGAGAUAUACAUUUAUUAAACUUACUGUAACCAGGAGCGGUUGCGAAAAUAUAGGCCUUCUAGCAGGAAUCGAACCUGCGGCGCUACGAUUGAACUACUACUGUAUAGAAUCCAGUUUUGCUACAGAGUCCUGUUCCAAGCUUAUCGCGAAGUUGUGUCAAGUUUAGUGGUCCAACAUGCAACUGAUCGCACUUGUGCUUGUUCCUAGCGUGUUAACAAUUUGGUGCAAGGUUGUUUACAAUUACUUUGUUUCUUGUUUCCUGUAGACGAAGAGGAAGAUGAUAGUAUAUUUACAAACGAAAGCAGCACACAUACUGUCUUGUCCAAGGUUCGUUCUAGCAUAAAAAAUCUCGAGAUUUCAAAAAUUAUUGAUUAACUUAGCUCAGCUCAGCUAAUAAGGUUGUUGCAGUUUUUCAGGGAAGAUGUACUGUAUGCACCCCACCGCUACUUCCAAAAAUAUUAUAAAAUAUACGAAAAAAACAUGAACAUUUUAAGAACUUGUUUCCUCGUCAUCAUUACAUUAAUUUUCUAUAGAGUGAUAUUUUGGCUGUGGAAUGGCUUCGCGAUAUUCCAGACGAUUUAGAUGUGUGCAUUGCUCAGAGAGACUUCGAAGGAGCCAUGACUCUCAUUGAGAAAGGUAAUUACAGAACAUAAUUAGUAACUCUGAAACUAACUGUUGAACAAUAAGUCAGUUAUCGUUAUGGAGCAGUUGUCCUCAACUUUUAAUUUUUUUCUAGUUAAUAAUUAUUUAAAAGACUCUCCAAGUUCCCACGCUCUUAACGAAGUCAGGUAAGGUGAUUGUUGUUGUUGUUGUUGUUGUUGUUGUUGUUGUUGUUGUUGUUGUUGUUGUUGUUGUUGUUGUUGUUGUUGUUGUUGUUGUUGUUGUUGUUGUUGUUGUUGUUGUUGUUGUUGUUGUUGUUGUUGUUGUUGUUGUUGUUUUUGUUUUUGUUGUUGUCGUUGUCGUUGUCGUUGUCGUUGUCGUUGUCGUUGUCGUUGUUGUUGUCAUCGCAGCCGCCGUCGUCGUCGUUGAGAGUUGUUUUGUUGUCGUCGUUGUUGUUAGAGAUGUUUUUCUUUCUAUUUUAGAAGUCGAGUUGACCACCGGGUGAAAUUAUUAUCAGAAGCGUUGAUGACAGAAUUGGAAGCGAAUCAGAGCAUAUUGUUACAUGGUGGACCGCAGUCCAGUAGGCGUGCAGUUCUGCUGCUUAAUAAACUUGGGAAAGCCCAUCAGGUAUUUGAAAAAAAUAUAAUAAACCAAUUCAUUUCUUGGCAACUGUGCGUCCAAAUGACUCAUUCUAAGUCAGGUAAAAUAGCAUGUAGCCGAGCAUAUUAUAACAUGUAGCCGAGACUAACGCCCGUAUUCUAAAAGCUCACUCACACUCACACUCAAUGAGUGGAGGUCAAGUAUGAGCUUCUCUUGAGUGUCGGUGCUGUUUUUGAAUAGCUGGAGGGUUAGUGUCGUACCUUACUAUGUGACUACUCACCCUCCAGCUAUUCAAAAACAGCACUGACACUCAAGAAACGGUUCAGAUUGAACCUCCACUCAUUGAGUGUGAGUGUGAGUGAGCUUUUAGAAUACGGGCGUAAAAGAUUCGAGAUACGGAUAUCAAAGUGUAUCUAAGACUAAGUCCAUUCAUAUUUUGCAUUCACAGCGGCAAAUCAGUCUUAUGGAAUCUAAUGGACCACAGUGUUUACGUUACCUCAUUUUCAAACAAUGAGUUAUUGACCUAAGCGUAUCCCACAAUGAACUGUGCAUUCCAGAAGUCCUCUGUAUUAAAAAUUGCGUGACGUAAACACUUCUAAGGUCUGUUGCUACUUGAGCAACCUCUUUCAUGCUUAAUCAAAUUAUAAUUCCUAUAUGUAAACGUAUGUUUUGCUUGCUAUACGUAAAACAUAAAUGAAUGACUAAACAGUUGUUUAUUUGUUUAUUCAGUUCAUUUGUUCUUUGUUUAGGCUUGUACUUUGUUCCUUCGAAACAGGAGCGAGGCUAUAAAACAGAGCUUUAGGUAA